GUGUCGUAACCAGUUUUGCUCCAGCGGUUUGCUGACCUCUUAGUUAUGGCGGCAGCCCCGGCUGCAGAGGGAGUGGUAGCCACUGCAGUUCCUGCUCCAGGUGCCGACAGCAAUGGUGAGUCGCCUGAAAUCGAAGGAGAAGGAGUUGGAGCAGCGGUCGAAGAACAGGACGCGCCAGUAAAAGCGGAGGCCGUUGGGGACAGCGAGGAGGACGGGGAGGAUGUGUUCGAGGUGGAGAAGAUCUUGGACAUGAAGACCGAGGGGGGUAAAAUCCUUUACAAAGUUCGAUGGCAAGGAUAUACAUCAGAUGACGAUACCUGGGAGCCGGAGGUUCAUCUUGAGGACUGUAAAGAAGUUCUGCUUGAAUUUAGGAAGAAAGUUGCGGACAACAAAGCUAAGCCAGUCAAGAAGGAUAUUCAGAGAUUAUCCUUAAAUAAUGACAUAUUUGAGGCAAACUCUGAUAGUGAUCAGCAAAGUGAGACAAAAGAAGAUACUUCCUCAAAGAAGAAAAAGAAAAAAUUAAGAUACAGAGAUGAGAAAAGCCCAGAUGAUCUGAAAAAGAAAAAAGCAAAGACUGGCAAACUAAAAGAAAAGUCCAAGUCAGACCUGGAGAGCUUCUCAGAAAAUUUAGUUUUUGAUUUAAGGACAAAGAAAAGAAUUUUGGAAGCCAAAGAAGAAUUAAAGGAAUUAAAGAAGCCAAAAAAAGAUGAUAUAAAAGAAACUAAGGAGUUAAAGAAAGUUAAAAAGGGUGAAAUAAGAGAUUUAAAGACUAAAGUAAGAGAAGAUUUCAAAGAAAACAGAAAAACAAAAAAAGACAAAGGCAUUGAAUCUCAGUUGGAAUCAGAAUCAAGUGUAUUUAAUGAUUCACUUUCUCAAGAUGAUGACACUGAAGAGUUACAUUCCGAGAACAAAGAAGAGAAACAAAAGAUUAAAAGUACAAAAGAUAAAUCAGGGCAAGAUAUAAUACCAGGUGUUGUUUUUGAUAAACAGCCAGAUGGCAAGGUAAGUGCUGAUGAGGACACUGAUUUCAGAGCAAAGAGGAAAAAGAAGAAACUAAGAAAGACUGAAGAACAUAAAGACAGCAACAAGCUAGAAAACAAGGACCUUUUCUUAGAAAAGAAAAAUACACAUAAAAAGCAAAGGAAUCAAGACAAAGGCAAAAGUAACAUCGAGUUUGAUAAGGCCAUACCUGCAUCCUCCCAAACACAAAAAAGCUCAAAAUUGGGUGGGGAAGAAAGAGGCCACAGGUCCGCUGAUUCACCUGGUGAGGAGAAAGAGACCAAAAGGAGUGAACUUAAAGAAAAAUACCAGAAAAGGCAUGAUUCUGACAAGGAUGAAAAGGGCAGAAAAGAGCCAAGGGGAUUAAAGACAUUUAAGGAAAUCAGGAGUGCAUUUGAUAUAUUUAAAUUAACUCCAGAAGAAAAAAAUGAUCUUACUGAGAGUAAUCGGAAAAGAGAAGAAAUUCCACUGGAUUGUAAAAUCACAGAAGAUUACAAAACCAAGGAAAACAAGUUAUUUAAAGAAAGAAGAAAUAUAAGAGAUGAAAUGGAUACUUGGGCAUAUAUAGCUGCUGAAGGUGAUCAGGAGCUUCUAGAGAAUGUAUGUCAAACAGAUGAGAGUUCUGAGAGCAGGCAACAAAUUUUGAGUUUGGGCAUGGACUUACAGUUGGAAUGGAUGAAACUAGAGGAUUUUCAGAAGCAUCUUGACGGAGAAGAUGAAAAUUAUGCUACAGCAGACAUAAUUCCAAGUAAUUUAUUGAGGGAUGCUGUGAAAAAUGGGGACUAUAUUACUGUAAAGGUUGCACUUAAUUCAAGUGAAGAGUAUAACCUGGACCAAGAGGAUUCAAGUGGAAUGACUCUAGUGAUGCUUGCUGCAGCUGGAGGACAAGAUGACCUCCUUAGACUCCUCAUCAAAAAAGGAGCCAAAGUUAAUGGAAGACAGAAGAAUGGGACCACUGCACUGAUUCAUGCAGCUGAGAAGAACUUUUUAACCACAGUGGCUAUUCUUUUGGAAGCGGGAGCUUUUGUAAAUGUCCAGCAGAGCAAUGGUGAGACUGCUUUAAUGAAGGCCUGUAAAAGAGGAAAUUCGGACAUUGUACGGCUUGUGAUUGAAUGUGGAGCUGACUGUAAUAUUUUGUCAAAGCACCAGAAUAGUGCACUGCAUUUUGCUAAGCAGUGUAACAACGUGCUGGUGUAUGAUCUGCUUAAAAAUCAUUUAGAAACACUCUCAAGAGUAGCAGAAGAGACAAUAAGGGAUUACUUUGAAGCACGUCUUGCUCUACUAGAACCAGUUUUUCCAAUAGCGUGUCAUCGUCUCUGUGAGGGACCAGAUUUUUCAACAGAUUUCAAUUACAAGCCCCCACAGAACAUACCAGAAGGCUCUGGCAUCCUGCUGUUUAUUUUCCAUGCAAACUUUCUGGGUAAAGAAGUUAUUGCUCGGCUCUGUGGACCAUGUAGUGUACAAGCUGUAGUUUUAAAUGAUAAAUUUCAACUUCCUGUUUUUCUGGAUAGUCAUUUUGUUUAUUCAUUCAGUCCUGUUGCUGGCCCCAAUAAACUCUUCAUAAGGUUGACGGAAGCACCCUCUGCUAAGGUUAAGUUGCUAAUAGGUGCGUACAGAGUGCAGCUGCAAUGAACAAAGGAUUGUGAUGGAGUUUUUUUCAGACCUGUUUUUAAGUACUCUCUUCACAGCAGUUUGGAAUUCUUCUGGCCCAUCUAAUACGUUCAGAUUUAAAGUCUUAUCUGUAAACCUCUUGCAGUUCAAGGCCUGUCAUCUGUUGUAGUCUUUAAGAUGGGACACAGUUGUUCUAAUAGAUUAUAAAAUAUACAUGUAAGUAUUCGUGCCAGUAUUCUGAAGUCUCCCUGUUGCGGUGUGCAGACUGCAUAUUUCAGUUCUCCACAAUGUGGAAUGCUAAAUGAGGAUUAUUUAAGAAAAUUAAAGGAAAGAUCUUUUUUAAACUUCAAAUUUUCUACUAGCCCUGGUGAAUUCUGUGUUAAAAAAAAAAAAAAUCAAGUGUAAAGUUUUUGUUUGCUUACAGCAAGGGAGGCAUGUUACAUUCAAGACACCCAAGCACUAGAUAAAGUGUGAAUUUGCUGCCCUUGAAGUAUGACUAGUUUGACUAGGCAUGCUGAGUGGGCAAAGGUGUGAUCUAUUUAUAAUAUGUACUUGCUACAGAUCCAGAGCAGCAAGGUUGGAAUUGACAAUAACUUUGUAAAUUUGAAGUUAUUAUCCUUUGGAAAGGUAGCUAGGUGAUAAUAUCUGAAUCUAAAACAUAGCAAGAAUGUAAACCAGGACGUUAGCCCUAAGGGGAUUGUUUGUUAACUUUUAUCCUUAUUCUUGAAAUCCAUCAAGUUAUUUGGAAAAGCUAGAUCCUGUGCCCUUAUUUUGAAAAACUGGAAAAGCUUAAAUCCCACCGGUGCCUUGCUGCCCUGGUUGCUACUUCAGAUGCCACAGUGCCUCUAUGUGAACAGUUACCGCGAGUAUAGAUUGCUCACGGGUAUGUAGCUCUCCUGUCCUUUUAGGACAUAUUUUCCAGACACUAAUCAAGCUCGGAUUUAGUUUCUGAUUAGUUUGUAAUUGUGUGAAUUGUAAUUUUAAUGAAAAAUUUUUAAGAAUGUCACAUAUUACAUCCACACACAUUUAAAUAGACAUUUCAGAGAGCUGUUUUUACUAUAUAACCUAAUACUGCCUUUUCCUACAGUUUUCUCAAUAAAACACAAUGUUGGUCUUUUUAUUUCUUCUCUAUGUAGAGUCUCAGGACUUCAAGGUGUGGUUUUCAGUUUAAUGAGGAUUGAGAAUGAGUUUUUUCAACCAAAUUGCAUCAUAGCUUUCUGGGCAAAAAAGAGGUUUGCGUUAGCAACAGUGCAUAAGCUAGGAAUUUUAAGGGAGACAGUAGUGUCUUGGUCAGCGCUACAUAUAAAUGAGGUUUUAAGUAAAAUAUGUUUUAUCCCACAAUCAUGUCUAGGAUAUAAACAGCCUUACCAGGGAUACAUUAGAAAAUAUACUUUUUCAAGGAGGUAAGAAAAAACGUACAAAACAAGUAGAAAACUGAACACAGUUCCUUUAAGGAGCUUAGGUUGAGAAAUGGGAAAGCUGUGAAAAAUCAACAAGUAUGAAAGCUAGGGAGGAAGGUAUGUUGGGAAGGUAUACAUGCCCCCCCUCUUCUAUUUUGACUGAAACAGGGUUAGGGACAGAAAAACAUGUUAAAAUUUGAGAUAAUUUAGGUGGUUAACACUGCAUUUGAGUUGUCCCUAUCUCAGCUUUCAACAGUUUUGUGCCACAUGGCACACAGUUAAGUGUCUACUACAAAUACAGUAUAUAGCCACAUAAUUUAUUACAGUUGUUUUAUGUCUCUGUAACCAAGUAAACAGCACACUUGGAUUCUCUAUAAUUCUUGAAUGGGGACUGAAAAAUAAAUGCUGGAAGCUCUGGUGGCUUAAAGAUUAAAAGGGCUUGAAUCAGCUGGAACAUCACUUUAGAGCUGUUUCUGUGAUGAGGCAGCCAUCCUAUCAGAGUGCAGACAAUGCUGCAACUUGGGAUUGCAGUAAAAUAUUCAAAAAAGUGUAAGCAAUGAUUUCUCUGGGAAAUGGGAUUUUCUAAUAACAACGUACUAAAAGGUUUAUAGAUAAGGUAUACUUAGUACCACAGGUCGAGUCCAAAGCAUAUAGGUAAUAAAGGAUGUACACUACAGAAUAUAUAUAACUCGGGUUUUGUUUAUAGUAUAAGACCCCAGUGAUGUCAUGACUAAGAAGAUAAUCACAAAUUGAAUGAAUUACUCUUUGACCAAACUCACUGAAAAACAAUUACCACAGAACUUUCUACUUCACUUUAAAAAAAAAAAAAAUUACUCCUCUGCCAUUAUUCCUUUCCAGUGUAUAAUAAGGUAAGGAUAGUACAUGUGCAUUAACUAGGUUAUUCAAUUAAUUGCUAACUAUAUUUUUAUAAUACGAGUUAGUGUUAUUAUCUACAGUAAUGAGUUUGGCAGUAGUAGAAAGUACAUUAAUACAAGCUUCAAUACCUAGUACAAUAAAUGCUGAAAAAGUACAACUGGAUAUAAGGGAAGUUUGGUUUCAGUCCAGGAAUAUAAAUUAUUCCACUUUAUGUAUCUAUUUCCCCUCUGAAUUCAUUCAAAUUUUGAUACUUAAAUUUGUAAAAUUUACUUAGUGGAAUGUCAGAAGACUGAACUUGAAGCACAGGUAUUGAUUUUUGAAGUCUACACAAUGUUAUACUUGUAGCUUCUAAAGGUUACCACCAUCCUGAAUUUACUUCAUCCAGAAUGCAAAUAGUGCUGGCAAGGUUUAACAAACAGCCAGAAUGUUACCAAUGAAAAGGCCUACUAGUUCUUUAAAAUAAAGAAAUAGAAAAGCAUAAGGAGUGUUCCUAGCAGACACCAGGGAAAAACAACAAACAUCAGAAUAUCAUAAGCUAUAAAAUAACAGUACAAACUAUUUUGAAAACUUUAAUAUUUCAUGCAUUUAACAUGUUUCAUAGCAUACUAUCGUAUAAACCCCUAGAAUUUUGAAGUUGUAAAACUUUAUUGAUCUCUACUAAGUAAAUUCUGACAGAGGAUGGAUGCAUAUUACUUUAUUCACUGACCUUUGGAAAUUGAUUGUUUUGUGCUAGUUUGCAGGUAAUGCUACUUAAGCACAGAAGAGCCUUACUAGUAAGCUAGAAUAUUAUAAUGACAUUCUAAACUGUGACAGUGAGGGUUUACAAUUCAAUCAAGACCAAGUGAAAACGGGGAGUAGUCACCUGCCCAUCUUGCACACCCAGGGAACCAACUCCCACUUGGAAUCCAAGCCUACUUAUCUGGCAUCAGUUUAGAAUGAGAAAAUGAUUUGUCUAUCACCAUAAUACGUUUUAUCUGCCUUUAUUUGUCCAUCCCAUUAUUUUUCUUAGAGUGAGAACUACAUAUUUUAAGUUAAAAACACUAUUUUCCUAACAACAAUGCCAAAUUUCUUAUCGUGGGGGCUGACCCAAAAUUAAGGGCUACAGAGCAGUGGUAAAAAUCCUUCUACUGAUGCCUAGUUACAGGGAGUUAAGAAGGGAAGGUCAUUACUCUGAAUUUACGGGCUACUGUCAUAGAAUUUUCCAACAUUAACCAGCAAGACUACUAGACUACUACACCACCACAAGAGGUAGAUACUAUUUUGAUUUAAUUAAAGCCAUACACACACACACAACUGAAUCAAAAUGAGAACCUGAGCUUGCAUUUAUUCCAGAUAUUUUAAGCACAGCAAAUGUGUUUGUAAGGCAUAUGUUAAAAGAAAGUGUUUAUGAUUGUUUUUAUAUACAUAAAUUCUUUAUACGGAGAAAGAAUUUCACAAAUGAAGUAAGAUUUGCCUUCUGGAUUGUUUCUCCUGUAUCAUUAAAAGUGUUUCUCCCAUAAAAUCAUUUGACCUG